AUGGCGGGCAGCCCCGAGAAGAGUGUCUCGGCGCAGGAGUGGAAGGAGCAGGGCAACCGCCUCUUCCUCAGCCGCAAGUACCAGGAGUCGGCCGCCUGCUACAGCAAAGCUAUCGUAAGGACAAGGGGUCUGGAGAUAGAUAAAGAAAGAGAGAGAGUGUGGGUGGAACUGAGGUGUGUGUGGGCGGAACUGAGGUAGUGCACAAAAUUGUAACUUUGCAUGAUGAGUAACCUCACCCCGAGACCUAGGAAGUCAGCUAUCGCUUGUAGUGAAGAGUGUGUGUGUGUAAGCAUGGCAUACUUAGGAAUGGGAUAAGGGUAUGAGAAAGGGGAUAGAAAUAGUGAAUAAUGUGUUUGUCUCCAGAAGCGGAACCCCUCGGUGUCUGUGUACUACACCAACCGGGCACUGUGCCACGUGAAGCUGCAGCAACACGAUAAGGCCCUGGCCGACUGCAAGCAGGCGCUGGAGCUGGACCCCCAGUCAGUCAAGGCCCUCUUCUUCCUGGGCCAGUGUCACCUGGAGAUGGAGAACUACGACGAGGCCAUCGGUAACCUGCAGAGAGGUGGGCUGGGGGCCUAGGUGGCAAUCAAGGGUCCAGACACAGAGGGUGCAUCUCAAUAGUCUAAAUGGGCCUCCUGUCCCAUAGACCUCCUGUGCUAUAGAUCUCCUGUGCCAUAGACCUUCUGUCCCAUAGUCCUCCUGUCCCGUUGUCUUCCUGUCCCAUAGACCUCAGGUCUCUUGUCUUCUCUCCUUCAUCUGUACUCAUUUUAAAGAACUGGACAAGUGUCAAAAGGAGAUGAGGAGAGGGAAGCUACUAGACUACUGAGAUGAGGAGAGGAAGCUAUUAGACUAUUGAGAUGAGGAGAGGAAGCUACUAGACUGCUGAGAUGAGGAGAGGAAGCUACUAGACUACUGAUGAGAGGAAGCUACUAGACUACUGAGAUGAGGAGAGGAAGCUACUAGACUGCUGAGAUGAGGAGAGGAAGCUACUAGACUACUGAGGAGAGGAAGCUACUAGACUGCUGAGAUGAGGAGAGGAAGCUACUAGACUACUGAGAUGAGGAGAGGAAGCUACUAACUACUGAGAUGGAGAGGAGAUGAGGAGAGGAAGCUACUAGACUACUGAGAUGAGGAGAGGAAACUACUUUAGACUAUUGAGAUGGAUAAGGAGAGGAAGCUAUUAGACUAUUGAGAUGAGGAGAGGAAGCUACUUUAGACUAUUGAGAUAGAUGAGGAGAGGAAGCUAUUAGACUAUUGAGAUGAGGAGAGGAAGCUACUAGACUGCUGAGAUGAGGAGAGGAAGCUACUAGACUACUGAGGAGAGGAAGCUACUAGACUACUGAGAUGAGGAGAGGAAGCUACUAGACUGCUGAGAUGAGGAGAGGAAGCUACUAGACUACUGAGGAGAGGAAGCUACUAGACUGCUGAGAUGAGGAGAGGAAGCUACUAGACUACUGAGGAGAGGAAGCUACUAGACUGCUGAGAUGAGGAGAGGAAGCUACUAGACUACUGAGAUGAGGAGAGGAAGCUACUAACUACUGAGAUGGAGAGGAGAUGAGGAGAGGAAGCUACUAGACUACUGAGAUGAGGAGAGGAAACUACAUUAUACUAUUGAGAUGAAGGAGAGGAGAUGAGGAGAGGAACCUGCUUCAGACCAUUGAGAUGCACCCACCCCAGACACUUCCAUUCAGGAGUCUAGAUACACACAUCAAAAUAUAUUUCUAAGUUACUUGACAGGACAUUGGAUAAAGUCAGCUCUACCAGCUAAUACAUCAUUAUAUCAUUAAUAAUAAUAGUUGUCCUUCAUUUGGUCAUCAGCAUAUAACCUGGCAAAAGAGCAACGGUUGAACUUUGGCGACGACAUUCCCAGUGCCCUCCGGAUAGCCAAGAAGAAGCGCUGGAACAGCAUCGAGGAGAAGCGCAUUAACCAGGAGAACGAGCUGCACGCCUAUCUCACCAAACUCAUCCUGGCAGAGAAGAAGAGGUGAGGGAUUUUUUCUGUGCUCACCUAUAGUUUGUUUCCUGCCUUGUGUUCUAUAUGUGUAUUUACAGAACAUGAAUUGAAAUUCAGUUUGUGAAUCAGAGAAUGGUUUCUCCACAACACUCAAGUUUAAAUGGAACAACCAUAAAAGUUGCGCAAUCAAUUCCCAUUAGUCAGUGGGAAACCAUUACAUUCUCCCUGCCUUGUUUGUAGAAGGUCUCUUACCGUUGGGGGCAUUAAUAUAAUAAUAAUAUAUGCCAUUUGGCAGACACUUUUAACCAAAGCAGUCAUGCGAGCAUAUACUUUUUAUGCCCGGUGGUCCCGGGAAUCAAACCCACUAUCCUGAUGUUGCAAGCGCCAUGCUCUAGAUGACUGCUAAUUAACUUUGUGCUUGGCGUCACCCUGAGGGAGAGUUUUUUUUGUUUUUUUUAUGCCCCCAACUGUAGUUGGUGUGUAAAACCAGUUAGUCCAUCCAUUUUAUAGGCCUACAAUCCAUGCUAUCCAUUGAUAUUGUAAUAAGCCUUGGUUGGUGGAAGUUACUGAAGUAAUCCAUAUUAUCCAUUUAUAUUGUAAUAAGCUAAGCCUUGGUUGGUUGAAGUUACUGAAGUAAUCCAUACUAUCCAUUUAUAUUGCAAUAAGCUAAACUUUGGUUGAAGUUAGCAGAGUGAUUUGGAUGACUUUGGUCCUGUCCUCAGGGAACUGGAUGACAGCAGAGAGGAACAAGACGGCAAGUCGGAGGAAUGCAGAAGCCGACACGACCUCACUAAGUUCCAGUCCAAACAUGUGAGUCCCAAACCAAGUGUACCAAGAGUAAUGUACGUUGCACAUCCAGCUAACGUCCACAGACGCAGGGUAUAAACAAAUAACAAUGGGAAAGUAAGGACUAGAAAUGGUUCAACAACAAAAGGGCUUUCAUCAGCUAAACAUAUUUAUAGAGUCAGAAACAAAGUCUUAAUCCAACGACAUGUUAACACAACCUUACUAAUCAAGAUCAAGUUUUUUUUCAUAAGGAUAUGCAACAGAACAGGGGUGUUAAUCACCCCAAAACUCUGAGGGGCCACAAAGUACAUGAGGAUGGCUGGGGUGGUCUAAAGGGGUGUUAGGAGAAUUUAGCAUUUAUGCUUAAUUCUAUGUAAAAAAAAAAUAAAAAAAGUUUGCAAAGCAUACCUUGAGCUGUCUAUAUCCUCCUGACUGGUGGUAAAAAAAAAAAUGCUUCUCUGCUAAAAUCGGGGUAAAAGAUUGAAAGGAAUAUGAGUCUUAUUCAGUACAUUUAGUUAUUGCUUGCUUUUCUAGUCUACCAACCUUGCCAGCAGGCAUACCAGCUAAGAUAGUUAGACAAGCUAGCUACUGUAACUUGAUUGAUAGCCUGAAAUGGCUUCUUGGUAGCUAGUUAUGAGGUUGGGAGAUUGGGAACCUAUCUGGGCUAGCUAAAGCCAACUUCGUAAAAUUGCUAGGUGGCUAGUAGUAUUACAGAGAAAAAAUAAAAAAUGUAUUCAUUUGUUUUGUGCUUUGCUUUUUUACAGGACAAAUCUGAGGGGGCACGUGCCCCUGUGCCCCCUAUGAGCAUGACGCCUCUGCAGCAGAACAUGUUUUAAACCCGUUUAAAACGUGUUUGGUCUUAUUCUAGCUUAUUGCAUGUAUGUGUGUCUUUCAGAGGGUUUGGGAUAAAGUGGAAGUCACAUUUUGGUUGGACCCUGUGUACAAUUGACAAAUAAAGUGAUCUUAAAUUAGGGGUCACAUUUCUCUACAGGACAAGCAACUGUCAGACAUGGAGGAGCUCUUCUCUCAGCUGGAUGAGAAGAGGAAGGUGAGUGCUCUCUACUGCCUCCUGGUGGAUACAGGAUCAGGGGGAGAAUCUCUUGCAUUUCCUUGAUUCCUCCUGUCCCCUUUCCUCGCCUCCUUCCGAAAACCCAUUGGAUGAGAAGGUCAGAGGUCCCUCCCCUCUAACCUUCUCAUCCAAUGGUUUUUGAGAAGGAGGAGAGAGAGGAAUAGAGGAAAUACAAUUGACAUACUCCCAUGCUCUUUACAUCUGUUUACCCCUGUCCUCUAGCCUAGCCCCUACACCCUUGGCACUCCUGCACUCUGAGUGAUAGGGAGAUAUAAAUACCAAGGUUCUUACUAGUUUCAUCUUGCCUUCUGAUUGGCUGGGUGAAAAUGAUUCCAAAUUGAUUCCGCCUGUCCAAUCCUCUCAGAUCUACCGGAGCGGCUUGUCUGCUGUGGAGUAGGGGCUAGGGGUUUGGAAUUCAGCACUAGCCCAUACAUCAUCAAUGGUUUCUGUUUGGCUAUCACUCUGGCCAUACUAGAAACAACUCUAUUCCUAAACCCUUAAAAAAUCUUAACCCAAGCCCUUUGUUAAUAACAAAUACCGGGUUAGAAUGUACAAGACACUAAAAUAUGUAACCACAGUAGACCUCCUGUCUAGCAUGGCCAUGUAUUGAUAUUUUAUAACCUCUGUUUGUUUAACAGAAGAGGGAGAUCCCAGACUACCUGUGUGGAAAGAUCAGCUUUGAGUUGAUGAGGGAGCCCUGCAUUACACCCAGUGGGAUCACUUACGACCGCAAAGACAUCGAGGAGCACCUACAGGUAAGGAUUAGGCUCAUAAAACCCAACACUAGGCAACAGCAGUGACUAGGGUCAGGUUAGAAUGAUGGACUCUUAUGGCAUCCUCGAUAAGGUGGAAAACCCUCCCUACAAAUCACGCGGCAGACAUGCCAGAACGUCAUGAUUUGAAACCAAAACCUUUGCAGUGGUUUUAGUGAAGGUGGUUGAUGCAAACUAGCCACUUGCGAAAUGCGCUCAUUAAAAAUAACAUCUGUGAUCGCCAUCUUGCUAGCUACAAUUUAGCAUUUUAUUCAAGCGGAUAAGGUGUUGAUGUAGGCAGUGAAGUGGUUCCUCUAUGCCAAACUGACGUUCUGUUACAUACAGACAUGUUAAACUGGAACGACUGUGGGAGACAACCUGGAUGUCUAGAGAGACUAGGUAAUGAUAGGCAGGAGUACUCCAAAUAGAAUCUCCCAGAAUACUCCUUUAAACCCACAAUGGAUCACUGACCAUGUAAAACAAUAGUUACACAUAAUUUCUGUGGCAAUAUUAUUAAGUAUUAAGCAGGGGUGAAGGUAAGGUCCGGUACAGCUUCCCGGCAAAAUAAAUAGUGGGGGUACGCCGUACCGGUAAACAUGACCCUAUCAAAAUAAUUAAAACAAUGUCAAGAAAACUAGGCCAUUACACCAUAUUACCACAUGUCAGAGGCAUGAAAAAUGAGUGAAUGGAUUUGAAAAGCGCUCCAAAAUGCGAUGUGAUUUGACGAGAACACUGACAUUUUGCCAAAGCAGAGAUGUGUGGCCGACACCGAGACAUGCACGAACAGCAGUGUACGCAUUAAUUCUGGCCUAAUGACAAUCGCCAAAUGUAAUUAGACUUAUGUGUUUUGUGUAACAGGUGUCACUUUCCAUUCACCACUGUUUGGAGGCUGGAAUUGAAAUAUAUUGCAAGUGGAUGAACGUGCGCUGGUAGCCUACUAGUAAAGGAGCCCUUUGAAGUGAUUGUUUGACAAUCAGAUGAAAACAUCAUAACUGGUUGUGUUUAUGCCACAAUAAAUUGUAAUACAUGUUCAAAGUUUAAGUGACAAAUCUUUACGACUAGGCCCACAGAGAUGCUAUUGAAUUAAUAGGGAUUUGAUGUGUAAUUCUAUGAUUAGGCCCAUACAUUUUUAUUGGUAAGGAGGUCCUGUACAGGGAAGAAAUUACAUCUACUUUCACCCCUGGUAUUAAGGUAUUGUCACCCAUAGGAUCCUGACUGCGUUUGUUCUUUGCUUGCAGCGAGUGGGCCAUUUUGACCCGGUGACACGCAGCCCUCUGACUCAAGACCAGCUGAUCCCUAACCUGGCAAUGAAAGAGGUCAUCGAUGCUUUCAUCAUGGAGAAUGGAUGGGUGGAGGACUACUGA